CCCCCCUCCGCCUCGAAAUUUCCAAUACCACGAUCUCCAUCCACCCGACCAACGACAACAAUUGACCAUCUUUGAGACCUCGACCUCGCAAAGAUGGCUGUCGGCAAGAACAAGAGAUUGUCCAAGGGCAAGAAGGGUCUCAAGAAGAAGACCGUCGACCCCUUCACCCGCAAGGACUGGUACUCCAUCAAGGCUCCUUCGCCUUUCCAGAUCCGAGAUGUCGGCAAGACCCUCGUCAACCGUACCACCGGUCUCAAGAACGCCAACGACUCCCUGAAGGGCCGUAUCGUUGAGGUAUCGCUGGCCGACCUGCAGAAGGAUGAGGACCACGCUUUCCGCAAGAUCAAGCUCCGCGUCGACGAGAUCCAGGGCAAGAACUGCCUGACCAACUUCCACGGUCUCGACUUCACAUCCGACAAGCUGCGAUCGCUCGUGCGCAAGUGGCAGUCCCUGAUCGAGUGCAAUGUCACCGUCAAGACCACCGAUGACUACCUCCUCCGCCUGUUCGCCAUUGCUUUCACCAAGCGCCGCCCCAACCAGAUCAAGAAGACCACCUACGCCGCCUCCUCCCAGAUCCGUGCCAUCCGCAAGAAGAUGACCGAGAUCAUCACCCGCGAGGCCGGCAGCUGCACCCUGCAGCAGCUGACCAGCAAGCUCAUCCCCGAGGUGAUCGGACGUGAGAUCGAGAAGGCUACCCAGGGAAUCUACCCUCUCCAGAACGUUCACAUCCGCAAGGUCAAGCUGCUGAAGCAGCCCAAGUUCGACCUUGGCAGCCUGCUCGCCCUCCACGGCGAGUCGACCACGGACGAGCAGGGCCAGAAGGUGGAGCGGGAGUUCAAGGAGCGUGUCCUCGAGGAGGUGUAAAGAGUCGGUGCUGGAGCGGACGAACAAAACUGAUUUGGAGUGCGGCAUGGACACACGGUUUUUUCCGGCAAUACCUUCUCAGGGGCAUGGGUUUUGCUUUCUCGUUGCAUUUGGCGUGGCAAAUCAGAUCGGUACAGAGGUAGUUAUAUGGAUACCUGUGCCUUUUUCACCAUGAGUCCAGGCCGGAACGAAUCAAAAAAAGGAAAAUCGAUCAAACAUUCUUCAACAAGGGCCGCUUCGAGACAGUGAGAUGUGUUUUUCGCUUUUAUAUACUCGUAGCCAUAUGGCUCUACCUUCCUUGGAGGCUCAGAUCUUACCAUUGCUCUGGACAUGUUCAUUCUACCUCUUGGCGUCAAGCUCAUGGUGGUUGGCUACAGCGGUCGACUCGAGGGCAGUGGACACGGCGACAGGAGAAAUAAGACACAGAC